CCCGUCCUCACCAUCACCGCUCCCUCCCUCCUCCUCCCCAGCGCCACCUCCACCGCCACUGCCGUGUCACGGGAUCCAAUCUCGACUCCACCAUUACGAGAGAAAGGGAAAAAAAUGCACGGAAGGCCGCGAAAAGCCCCAACUGAAGAAGAGCAAGAAGCUUCGGUGGUUAAAGGCGCAAAACUCCGUUCUAUCCAGGCUAAGUUCUUCCAAUUUCAUCACACUAAUACGUAUACGAAAGAAGCCCUAGAGGUCAAUGCGAAACUACUGGAAAUGAAUCCGGAAUUUAUUACUGGUUGGAAUUACCGAAAGCUUGCUGUUCAAUAUCAUCUCGAGGCUGCCCAAUCCGACGAGGACUCGAUUAAGUCCAUUUUAGACGAAGAAUUGAAAGUUGUGGAGAGCGCAUUGAUGACAAACUUCAAGUCAUAUGGAGCUUGGCAUCAUAGGAAAUGGGUGCUAAACAUGGGGCAUUCUUCUACAGACCGUGAAAUGUUUCUCCUGAAAAAGUUUCAGAAGUUAGACGCACGAAAUUUCCAUGCGUGGAAUUACCGAAGAUUUGUGACAGCGUUGAAGAAUAUACCUGAUGAGGAGGAGCUGCAAUAUACAACAGAUAUGAUAUAUGAAAACUUCAGCAACUAUUCUGCUUGGCAUAACCGUAGUGUGCUUCUUUCUCGUUUGCUAAAGGAGGAGGUAGAAGGAUACUACCCAAAAGAGAAGGUUUUGACAGAGGAGUUUGAGUUUGUUCGCAAUGCGCUUUUCACAGAUCCGGAUGAUCAAAGUGGCUGGUUUUAUCAUCUUUGGCUUUUGGAUCAGACAGUUAAACUCGAGCAUUUACCGGUUUCUUCUUGGCCACCUAAUGGUUCCAAUGUUAAUGUAUCAGACUAUUGUGCUUUGUCACCUAGUUUAUCAUCAAUAUCUAGAACACUUCCACUUAUUCUUUGUUUUAGUGAAGCAGUUGGAGGUAUUAAUUCUUCUACAGUAAGUGUAGUAUGUGAAAGCAAUAUGGAUAGCAAUCUCAUUUGGACACCGAUUUCAGUAGAUAAAUCAGGGUUAGCCAGAACAUGGUUGACAUACCUAACUUUUUCCUCUGAGCCAAUGCAUCCUUCCAGGAAUUAUCUAGUGAAGGUUAGCAUCGCCAAUUCUGAGGGCAUAGUUUCUUCAGCUGGUUUUUGCUGUAGCAAUCCUUCUCAUAUGGCAUUCACAAUUUGUCUACCAUCAAGUAACACAGAAUUUGAUGAAGGGCCUGAUAUAGAGAGGAUAGAUUGGUCCGAGGAAAACUUCUCUUCCAAUCAAUUGCAUUCUGAGAAUUUAGGCUUGAUUAACUCAUUUAAUGAGCUGACAAUCAGUGGGGGUAACAAGAAAACAUAUGAAACGAAUGCCAAGAUCAUAGCUGAUGAGAUUGCUUAUUGUCGUGAAUUGCUGUCAGAAAUGGACUGUAAAAUUGGAAAGCUUACACUUGCAAGACUGUUAUUGGCAUAUGAUGCAUUGUCAUCAGCAUCUCGUGGUGUACAGGAUCAAAACAUGUUCCAGUACAAAGAAAUUCUUGAACUUUACCACGAUUUGAUGAAGCUGGACCCGCCACAUUUUCAAUACUACAAGGAUCAAUACAGUUUGGUGUUUUUAAAGCAGGAGCUUGCGAAUGAGGAGUCAUUGCUGAAAUACUGUUAUCAAUAUAGAGAUUCAACUUCUUUGAGUAAUAAUUCUUUAUGUCUAUGCCUGCGCGGUCUUUCACUGUCGCAAAUAGGGUGUAUAGAGCGACUGCUGUGGGUACAAAUGCUUGAUCUUAGCAAUAAUGGAAUUCGUUCAAUUGAAGGUUUGGAGUCCUUGCAGCUUCUUUGCUGCUUAAAUCUUAGUAACAAUAAAAUUUGCAGUUUUUCUGCUCUAGAGCCUUUGAGACUGCUGAAGUCAUUAAAAGUGUUAGAUAUCUCACACAAUGAAAUUGGAGCACAUCCUAUUGACACAAGAAGAUAUUUGUGUGCGUCUCCACUGUCCCAUGCAAGUGAUUGGAAGAGAGAGGAAUUUGUGGUUAGUGGUCCCGAGAUGACAAUUUAUUGGGAUGCUUUUUCGAUUUUUAGUGGCUUGAACUUGAGACAGUUAAGUGUUACCGGAAAUCCAAUUGCUGACAAAAAGUUUAAGUUGUUUUUAUGUAAGCUAUUGCCAGCAAUGAAGUGGCUUGAUGAUGAAAAAUUGAGAUGAUUACUGGAUCUCUGAAUUAGUCGGGUUUCAUUUCUUCUGCAAUUUUUAGAAUUACAUAUAUGAGAGGGCAUGCUAUUUCUGUCUCUAAAACAUACCAAAGCAUGUGAUUUCUCCAGUCCCGAAUUAUUUGUAGUGCCCUGACACUUGGGAAUAUCUUUCGUUUAUUUUUUCACUCAAAUUUGUGUCUUGAAUAGAAUGACUCGUACAUUUGUUUUGGACCUUA